GGUUCUAUAUCCCCUCCACUAUAACUUUGUUUCCUUAGUAAUUUCGAGUUUCAUGUGGAAGGUUGCGGUUUUCACGUUAUUUAUUUGUUCAAAAGAAUUUUUACAUUGAACGAAUUCCGCAUCUUUCAAAAAAAUAGUAAUUUUUUUUAUAGAACAAUGUAUUAAGUACUUAAAUAAGUUUUAAUUGAUAAUAAAAUCGAAUUGUAUAUAAAUAGAGAGUGAUUGACAAGAUCUUCUUCUAGCCGAUAUAGUUUUCGAAAAUUUGGAAUAACUCAAUUUCAAAAAAAUGGCUAAAUGGGGUGAAGGAGAUCCAAGGUGGAUUGUUGAAGAACGACCUGAUGCUACUAAUGUAAAUAAUUGGCACUGGACAGAGAAAAAUGCUUGUACCUGGUCCCAAGAGAAAAUAAAAGAAUUAUUUACUAAUUUAAAGAUGGAAGGAGAUGAAGCUUCCUGUACAGUAACAGAAGUAGAGAAAUGUGAAGGUGAGGCAAUGGCAAAUAAUCGGAAAGGUAAAUUAAUUUUCUUCUAUGAAUGGAAUAUUGUUUUGAAAUGGAAAUCCAAUAAAGUAUCUGAUAAGAAGAUUGAGGGUAAAAUAAACAUUCCAAAUCUCUCUGAGGAAAAUGAAAUUUCUGAAGUAGAUAUUGAAAUUACUUUGGAAGAUAGUACAGAUGAAGGAGAAGCAGUAAAACAUUUUCUACAUACAAAAGGAAAAGAAUUUAUUAGAGAUAAAUUGAAGCAAUAUAUAGUUUCUUUAAAAGAAGAAUUCACAGUUGGAAUGAUUUUACCUAAAAAGGAUAAUGUGAAGGAAAAUAUUUCAAAUAUCACUUCUGGAUUUAAUGCAAAAAUGCAAAUGAACUCUACUGUAGUUUCAUCGAAUAAUAAAAAAGAAUUAGGAUGUAAAAUUUCAACAACAACAAUUAAGCAACAACAGAAGUUUCAAUGUAGGGCCGAAGAAUUUUAUAACGUUUUUACGUCAGUGGAGAUGGUUCAAGCAUUUACAAAGGGACCGGUCAAACUCGAACCAAAGAAGGCAGGAAAAUUUGAAUUAUUUGGUGGUAAUAUACAUGGUGAUUUUGUGGAUAUAACGCCUACAAAGAUUGUUCAAAGAUGGCGUUGCAAACAAUGGCCUGAUGGACAUUUUAGUGAUGUGACUAUUGAUAUCUCUGAAAAGAGCGAUCAUACUGAAGUUAAUUUAACACAAGUAGGAGUACCAGUUAGAGUACUUUUCCCAGUUAUGAGAGUUUUUUUGCAAACUGUACAUCUGGCUUUAUAUGGAUCUUCACAUUUUUGUAACCACAAUGCAAAAUCAGGGUCCUGAAGCCAUGCAUCACGAAAUGUAUUCUUUCUAAAUUUUUUCCUCGGAGAAGGAAUCAUGUUGUUAUCAAUACCUAUUUAUAUAAUAUUUAUUAUUAAUAAAAUUUAAUAAUGUAUUUUCAAAAGAUUAAAGAAACAAGAUAUUUUUUUUCAUAAUUUAAGAAAUACUUAUAUACUUUUUUCAAUUUAAAGUAAUUUGGUAUUAAAUAAAUAUCUUACUUGAUAUAUUUUUUAUAUCACAGUUUAUAUUAAUUUUACUGGGACCAGGAGUAGCUGUACCAUUAUUAUCAAUGCCUAAAAGAUAUGAAAUAUUCAUUAUUAGUUAAUUUCUUAUAUAACAAAGUAUUCUAAAAAUUUUUAAUAAAUAUUUAAAAAACAAAUUAAUGAAGAUAUUUAUAAUAAAUAGAAAUACUUAUAUUUUUCAAAAAAUGAAUAUUUUUUUAAAAUUAUAUUGACAUAAAAAUAUUAAAUAUUUAUUUUACCUGAUUCCUUCUUCAUAUUAGAAUUUUAAAUAAAAUAAAACAAUAUAAAAUUAUAAAAGCUUCACUAAAUCUUUAAAUUCUAGAAAAAGUCUCUAAUCUCUACAAAUAAUGCGAAAGCACGCGAAACCAAAGUUGCCAGUUGCCAAAAAAAAUCUGAUUGUAAUUGUGUGUCAGCGUUGGUAAGGUUGCCAUGAAAAGUCUGAUCAUUGGAAGAGUGGGAGAAAAUAGUAAUAUGGUAGUGGAACUUAGAAAUGGAAGUGGGGAAAAUAACGGGUGUUCUAUUUGCAUCAUCAGAAUAAAAUAACCUUGCCCAUUACCAAACAAAUUUUUGAAGAAAUAUAUAUUACGUUAUUCAACAUUCAACAACGUCAUUCGUGUAAUAUGAAUCAAUACAUCUUAUCUUAUCUUAUAUUUGAUGUCCUCCUGCAGUUUUUUUCAUGAUGUCACGAAUCAUGUUAUGAUGUCACAAAUUUACUACAUUAUUUUUAUUCACAAUCAUCCAAUUUUAUUUUCCCUCGCCAUGACAUUACUGCACAGCCAUGUUGUCUUAGUAAUAGCAUUCUACUAACGCUAAUGGUAAUGGAAUUGGCAAUCCAAUCGAAAUUUUUAUUUUAAUAUCGAUAGUUUUAUUUUAUUUUAAUAUUUUGUAAUGAUAAGAAUAUUCAAAUAAAUAAAAAUAAAAUAUUAUUAUACAAGUAGUAAUAUAACAUUUUUUAAAAAUAUUAUAUUUAUAUUUGUAAUUCUUUUAAUAAAUUAUUACAUCGAUAAUACAUUUUUAAGUCAUUUUGAUUUUUCUCUUCUUAAAAUAUUCUAAUGUUUAUAUAGUUAAAUAACAAAAAAUAAUUUUUCAUUUGAUGUUGGAAAAUAAAUAAAAAUAAACAUAUAUAUUUUGGAUUAAAAGUCAUUUUAUUUAUCACAACUUUUAUUUGAAUAAGUUUCAAGAUUUUAAUUAAAUAAAUUUUUAUUUCUAAUUCAACAUUGCGAUCAGAAGUCUUUUCCACUCAGCGUUGCAAUCAUUCUGGAAAAUAAAGAUACUGGUUUUCUCGUUCACACUUCACGAUAAAUAAAAAGAAAUAAAAGAAAUGCAAAUUUAUUGCAAACGAAAUAUAUAGUAUAUAUUAUAUAUUACAAUAAUUAUAUUAAACGAAUGUUAUUAACAUCUAUGUUAGAGAUGCCCAUAUCAUAUUUCUUAUAAAUAAAAUUAAUGUAAACAUGUAUUCCUUUCCAUAACUUUCUUUAAUUCAAAAGCGCGAUCAGAAGCCGCUUAAAAUCUUCACUGCAGUCACUCUGUAAAUGCAAACAGAAUGUGGGAAAAAUUAAAAGCAAUGUUAAUAAACGAGUGCAAAAUAAUAAUAUAUUUAUAUACAGAUUUAGAAUAAUACACAUAUGCAUGCAUAUUAUGUAAAAGCUAUUUUUAAUUAGUAAAAUUAGUUAGAUAGGCAUAUAAAUUGUCUUAUAAAUUAAUGAACUUCAAUGUAAUCUUUUUUUUUAAUAAUAAGAAAGGAACAUAUUAUUCAUUUAUUUUCAUUUAAUAAGUCUCACAGAGAUUAGAGCAGUUUAUUUCGAUGCAAACGAAAUAAUUUUAUAAGCAAAUUCAUACACGAUAAAAUAAUUAAACAAGUCCAACCAAAAAAAUUAACAUAAUACCGUAAUCCCUGCUAAUUAUUGAUAUAAUUUAGAUGUAAUUUAAAAUAAAUAUUCAAGUUAAAACAUAUAUAUGUAUAAUAGCUUCGCGGAAUGUAAUGAAGGAAAAUUCCUGGUAUUAAUAUAUGAUUUAAAAACAAAAGAAGUUGUUCAAUUAAAUGUUUUCAUCCAAGUAGAGUAAGCAAUAGUCUCUUGUAGUCUCCUGAACAGUCAUCCUGAAAUUUAGGGAAAAUUAUGGGCAGCCAAGAUAUAGCGAGCUAGCUUGUUAAAGGUACUUGUGCUUUACAAAAAAUUAAGACACGUAUGUGCUUAUAUAUUGUGCAUCAUUGCUUUGAUUAAAUUAAAUUUAAAUGUAUAAAUGUUUCUGUAAAAAAA